UAUUGGUAGAGUUUUAUUUAUUUUAAUUUUUUUGGGGAGUUUACUUUUUAAAAUCUGACAACUUUCGCUUCAGCUGAUUGACAUUGACAACUUAACCAAAAUCGACUUGUUUUCAUCGCUUUUCAAUAGCAAAAACAGAUGCUAUUAUUCAUGUUUUACAUCCGCUGAAUAAUUAAGCCGUUGUACUAUCCAUAAUGGAUCAGUACGACACAUCCCAGCUCACGGAGUUUCCGCGCUUCGAGCCCGAAUCAUCCCAAAGCGGGGUAUCAACGUUCUUCAACAAAUUGUGGAAGUUUCCGAUCUUCUCGCCCAGCGAGACGGGCGAGAGUCAGAACAAAGCUGUGGGAGACGGUAAAGAGGUGUCUCCUCAGGACGAGGAUGUGAACAAGCAGGAAUACGACGAUAAACCGGAACAGGCGAGCUACGCGGUCGAGUUUGAAGGACGAAGUUUGCAGAAUGUUUUGAGAAGGAUCAGCAGUCUAGUUGCGUUGGGGUCUAGUAGUGGCACCAAGUACUCGGACACAGAGCUAGCGCGCUACUGGAUGCCGGACGACAUAUCUCGGGAAUGCUACGAGUGCGCGGCGCGGUUUGGAACCCUGCGGCGGCGCCAUCAUUGCCGCGUGUGCGGGCAGGUGUUCUGCGGGCGAUGCUGCUCUCAGCGAGUGCCAGGUCAGAUAUUUGGUUGCGCGGGCGGGCUCCGCGUGUGCAACUACUGUUGCAACGUGGUGCUGAGCUACCUCCGCGAGAACGAGGCAGGGGAAAUAUCGCCUGAUCUUCGCUCUCUGCAGGAAAGUCUGCAGGCCAAGUUCCCGGACAAUAAGGCGAACGCGAAGACGCGGGACAACUACAUGUUCGCGCGCGAGGAGGAGCGCGGCGGCGCGCGCGAGCCGCUCCCCGAGCUGCUGCCCGCGCUGCGCGCCGCCCUGCCGCUGCUGCAGCACAGGUACCGACUGGUGCGCUACAACGGCGUGUGGCGCGGGUCGGACAUCAUGCAGUGGAUCAUGGACAACACCGGGCACAGGACCAGGACGCAGGCGCGCGCCGUGUGCCAGGCGCUGGUGGCGGGCGGCUGGCUGGGCGCCGUGCCGGACGCGGGCGCCGUGUUCGCCGACUACGCGCUCUACCGCCCCGCGCCCGAGACCGAGCCUGCGUCCGCGCAGCCCGACGCCGCACGUGAGUGUAACACUCGGCUGGUGGAGAGCGUGUCCUCGUACUGCCUGGACCUGGACCUGGGCGAGAGCUCGGCGAGGCUCACCAAGACGCCCAAGACCAGCGCGCCAGAGCCGAAGUCAUCCCCGUCGAGUGAGGAGGAGACCCCCAACUUGGAACACAGCGAAGGUCCCACGGAAGCCCUAUGCCCUCGCAUCGCAGCUAAGGGCCAGGAACACCUGGAACUCCUGAUGAGGCAGUGGCUAUCAGCGGAAUCCCUCAGUGCGUCAUGGUUGGAUGUGCUGCUGCCGCUGUGUAUGGCGGGAGCAGAGGCCACCAUGCCAGACAUGCACAGCAGCGACAUCGACAUCCGCAACUACGUGCAGGUGAAGAAGCUGCGCGACGGACACAUGCGGGACAGCUGCCUGGUCCCGGGCGUCGUGCUCACCAAGAACGUGGCUCACAGGGGUAUGCCGCUGGAGAUUGAGAACCCUACCGUUCUGCUGCUCGACUGUUCUAUCGCUUACCAGCGGGUGGAGGGCAAGCUCACUUCACUGGAACCAGUGCUGCUGCAGGAGCGCGAGUACCUGGUGCGGUGCGCGGCGCGCAUCACGGCGCUGCGGCCGCGCGUGGUGCUGGUGCGCGGCGCCGUGGCGCGCCCCGUGCAGGACGCGCUGCGCGCCGCCGACGUGGCGCUGGCCACCGGCGUCGGCGAGAGAGCGCUGCGGCGGCUCGCCCGCAGCCUCCGCGCCGACCAGGUGGCCUCCGUCGACGCCCGCAUCGCCGUGCCCAGGCUCGGCGAGUGCAAGCGGUUCGCCGUCACCUCCUACCCGAGCAAGACGCUGAUGUCCCUGGAGGGCUGCGCGGAGCCGGCGCUCGGGUGCUGCAUCCUGCUGCGCGGCGCCUCCACCGCCGAGCUGGCGCGCGUCAAGCGCGUCGUCAGGUUCAUGCUGCGAGCGUGCUACAACUGGAAACUGGAGAAAGCGUUCCUCGCCGACGUGGAGGCCAUGCUCCCGGACCCGGGCGCUUUUGAUGACGAUGUUGAUGAAAACGAGGCUAAAGAUGAUAACCAAUGUCAACAAGAUGUAGAACAAUUUGCUACUGAUGAUAAUCUGUUUGCUGGUGUGAAUAGUGAUGAUAAAACGAUUGAUGAUGGUGAUGAUGUUUUAGCCAGUGAGAAUAAAACAACGAAAGAUAGCAGAGUUUCAUUUGCCGAUGAUACAAUUUUGGGUACUAGUGAGAAAGUGUCUGCUACCAAAGAUAAUACAUGUAAUAAAAUAUUAGCAUCAGCUAAUAAAGCAAUAAUUAGUAAUGAUAAUACUCCAGACGACAAAAAAAUUGCCAAGGAUGAAAAAAAUACAACUCUUAAAAAUAUUACUGAUAAUAAAGAAUCAGUAUCUGACGAUAAAGUAUUAGUCAGUGAUGAAAACAUUCCACCUUUAGCUGAUAAAGUCUUAGCUACAGAUGAUAAAAUCUCAAUUGUCAAAGAUGACACAACUAACAAAGAAUCAGCAUCUGAUGACAAAGUCGUCGAUGACAAAUCAGCCAGUGAGUUCUCAGACCCGCUUCAAACCAAGUUCAGUCGCUCGGAGAGCGAGCGAGCGAGCGGAGUCCCUAUCAGAGACUUUAGCGACCCGCUGCGCGCUGCUGCUGAUGAUGAUGUGUUUCUAGCGGAGGAUAGUCUACAGGCGGACACGCAUGCUGACAGAUGGUCGACGGACGACACGGUGUUGUCGAUGUCGCCCAACGUGAUCAUCCCUCCCCCCUACCUGGACACGGAGGCGGGGCGGCGCUGCCCGCUGCGGCGCUACCUGCCGCGCGCCGCGCCGCCCCCGCGCCGGCGUCCCCGCCCCGCCGCGCCGCGCCGCCCCAGCCGCCCCAGACACAGCGUCAUGGACCUCAAGGAGCGGCACCCGUUCGUGAGCCAGCCGAUCACAGCGACGGCGGAGGACCCGGCGCUGAAGGCGUCGCUCGCGCACUACCGCGCCACCGGCUGUCAGCUCAGCGACAAACACACUCCGGAGUGCCCCAUGUACCAGCCGUCGGUGGUGAAACAGGCCGCCCCGGCCGGCGCCGCCGCCCCGGAGCCCGCGGUCGCGGGGGAGGGGGAGGCGGAGGGGGAGGCGCGCGACCCGCUGAGCCCUGCGCACCACCAGCAGGUCAGCGUGCUGCUCUACAGCUACAGCUCCAAGUCCGCCAACGUGCCCGACUUCUGCGUCAACCCCUGGAUAGUGACAAUGGAGAUGUACGGGCGGAACGACAUCACCCUGGGAGCGUUCCUGGACAAGUACUGCUUCAACAGCGACUCCAAGUGCCCCUCCGGAGGGUGCUCCGUGCCCGUCAACCAACAUGUUCGCAGGUUCGUGCACGGCGACGCGUGCCUCACGGUCACCUGCAACAUCAUCCAGCACAGCGCCGUCGACAAGCACAAGGAGGAACACACCAAACAGGUGAUGUUCUGGUCGCGCUGCGAGCAGUGCGGCGCGAGCGGGCGAGCGAGACGGCUGUCCCGCGCGGCGCUCUGUCUCUCUCUGGCCAUGUACCUGCGCGUGCGCGCCUCCGCGGCGCGGCAGGUGGCGCGCGCGUGCCGCCACCCGCUGCACGCGCACGCGCACGUGUUCGCGCGACACACCGCCGCCGCCUGCUGCAGGUAUAUGAAGAUUACUCCGUACGAGAUCGAGCUGCCCCCCGACGUGAUCUCCACACACUACGACACGAGAGCCAUGCGCGACGCGCUCAUCGCGCAACUCAACGAACUCGUGCUCAAAGGCCACGAGACGCUGAGCGUGGUGGCGGAGGCGGGCGCGGAGCAGGACUACCAGGCGUUCAAGCACCACACCGAGCAGAUCUCGCUCGCGCUCACACACGCCAAGGAGAACACCACCACGGCAGGUGUGAUCCGUUCCCUGUGGCGCGUGUCGGACGCGCUGAUAACGGGCGAGCGCAUGUUGCGGGAGGCGCAGGAGACGUGGGCCUCGCCGGCGCCCAAGCCCGCCAAGGCUGUCGACACCACGGUGGAAGAGAAAUCUGACUUGGAAGAGUCGACAGGAGAAAGCGAAAACUCAGGAACCACUUAUGUGUUCUCAGAGGGGCCCCGCGAGACCCGCGACGAGAAGGACCACCCUGCAGGUGGCGAGGAGGACGAGGAGAAAGGAGACAAGAAGACGGUGCGCCAGAUCCUGUCGCAGCUGCUCUCCAACAAGGAGGCCUCCCAUCAGAACGGAAUGAUAAUCUCCCAUGGCCUGGUCCCGGUGGUGGUGCAAGUCGGUGAGGUGGGCUCCGUGAUCGCGGCCGCGCUCGCCUCCGUCACCUACCACCGCUCGCUGCGGCUGCAGAGACACAGCACCCAGUCGGAAGCCGAGGAAGCUGAAGCCGGGACGGGAAAAGACCGAGUCGACGGCGACAAGAGUAAGGCCAAGUCCAACGACCACAUCGAGGUUUUACUUAAGGAUGGGUUGUUGUGCCGCAUAUACUACGCGCCGCAGUUCCACCGGCUGCGGCACGCGCUGCUCGCGGCGCUCGACGACCGCGAGCAGCCGCGCGCCGGGGACGCGCGCUGCUGCGACGACCGCAGGGACAAAGACAAAAGUCUGUGCGAUAUCGAGGAGGGCUUCAUCCGUUCGCUGGCGCACUGCGUGCCCUGGGCGGCCAAGGGCGGGAAGUCAGGAUCAACCUUCUGCAAAACCAAAGACGACCGCUACGUCCUGAAAGAGAUGACCAAGCCGGAGUGGACCCAGUUCCUGGAGUUCGCGCCCCACUACUUCAACUACAUCACCAGCUGUCGCACCCAACAACUACCCAGCCUGUUAGCCCGUAUAGUGGGGGUGUACUCGGUGGGCGGCGCCGGCAACGGCGUGCUGGUGAUGGAGAACGUGUGGUACCGGCGCGCCGGCACGCGCUUCGACCUCAAGGGCUCCUCGCGGCACCGCCUCGCCCAGCCCGCGCCGCUCGCCGUGCUGCUCGACGAGAACCUGCUGCAGCUGCGUUGGCAGCAGCAGCUGUUCGUGGCGUCCCACACCGGGCGGGUGCUGUUCUCGUGCAUCGACCGCGACACCGAGUUCCUGGCCUCCAACUCCGUCAUGGACUACUCGCUCCUUCUGGGCAUCGAUGGACAGAAGCUGGUCUUAGGAAUUAUUGAUUACAUCCGCACAUUCACGUGGGACAAGAAGCUGGAGCACCUGGUGAAGAAGAACCUCGGUUCGGGGCAGCCCACCGUGGUGUCCCCCGACGAGUACAAGUCGCGGUUCCGCAAGGCCAGCCGCAAGUACUUCCUGCGCGCGCCCUCGCCCUGGGACCACCUGCUCUAGGCCCUGGCUCCGCUAUAGUCGCGGACGGUCUAGGACGCAAAAUGACUGGUGUAAUAUUUUGCCUAUAUCCCUUUUAGUCUACAUCGCGAGCGGUCUAGAACGCAAAAUAACCACUUUUUUAUAUCACACAGGUAGGUUAGGUUCGUUAGUUAUCUUUAAAUGACCGAAGGCCAAAGAGCACAGAAUAGGAGCCCCGCGAGACCCCGUCGACAUCGCUAACGUAAAGAUAAAACGACGAAAAUGAUGUAGGCAUUUUGCAUUCUGGACCAAUCGCGAUGUAGAACUAAGAGUGAUAUAGGCAAAAUAUUACACUAGUCAUUUUGCGUUCUAAACCGUCUGCGAAUAACCCCUGGCUCCGGACACCAUGCACCUUCUUCAACCACAUAACCUCUCUAACUGGUCGAUGGCCUAAACUAGGAAAUCAGAAAAUCAGUGGAUUAUUGAGUCGAAAAGUUAUUACUCAAACCACGCAUAUGAUGCACAUGGCAGAUGAGAGGAAAAUAUUUAUAAUUUAUUAUAUAGGCUUACAAGUUUAAAAAUAGUCGAUUGUACAGUAUGAUUUACUAUUUUCGUAAGGCCCUGCGUACACAAGGUACAUCUAAAUCGCUCCAUAUAUGUCUCUGGAGGCAUUGAAUGAAUGAAUGAAUGAAAAUCUUUAUUUCAGGCAACUAAUGGCCCAUACAUAAAUAAAUACCUUAAAACUAUCACAUUGCUAGUAGACCUCCAUUUUUCUGACCACGUUGAAGGGCCGGAUAUUUAAAGUGUAUAGAAAAUUUAUAAUUAAAUUAUUGUUUUCUUGGCAUUUGUAAAACAGCAUAUUAUAACUUAUUAUUAAAUCUUCAGAAAUUUUAUUAUAUAUUAAGUAAUCAUACUUAGUUACUAUCUCGGGUAUUAUUCUCAUUCCUUUAUAAUAAUUAUGUAAGCUGGUUUUUUUUUUCAAAUAAUUAGAAUAAAUUGAUUUGUUAUAAA